UUUCGGGAGAGAGGAGAUAGAUAGAAUCCAGGAAUUGAAUUUGAUUGAGAUUCAGAGUUUUGGGGAGAUAUAAGUGCGCCUUUUUUCAAUUUCAAAAUUUGCCAAUUCGGUCUUCUCCCAAACCCUUGCUCUUCUCUUCUUAUUUCCUCUCGCCAAACCCUACCUCCUCCUCCCAACACCACCACGGCACCACCCUCUCCCUCCGUCCCCCUUCAGCCAUGCCCCAAUCACGUGACCGUCGCUUAACCUCCGUCGACCUCGCUGCCGCCUUCGCUCGCAACCGCGCAUUCCUCAUCUACAACGACCCGCCGCCGCACCGAACUCCUCCAAGAACUCUGCCCCGGGGACGCGCCCGUGCUUUUCUCGGCUCCGAGAACACUCCUCCCUCCGCGCGACGCACAAGGGGGCGCGUUUCUUCACGUUCUCUGCUACCAGCUUGGUACCCCCGAACACCACUGCGUGACAUCACUGCCGUCGCUAGGGCUAUAGAGAGAAGGAGAGCCAGGUUAGGGGAAGUCGAAGGCCAGCGAACUGAAAGCACUGUUUCUACGGCUGACCAAGUAGUUCUAGAACAAUCGGAGACUGCUUCUGCCUCCGCUGCCUCUACCUCGAAAUCUCCGAAGUCUGUCGGAGUUAAGCUUCGUACACCUCUGGGCUGCAAAGUGCCCAAGAUCUACCUCGACAUUUCUGAAUUACCCGAAGGGGAAUCGGAAACCCUUACACCGCAGAAGAAGCUUUUGAACAACAUUGACCAAGUUCAGGAGGCUGUGCUUGAAGAAUUGAAGAAGCUGAAACGAACUCCCAGUGCGAAGAAAGCGGAGAGGGAAAAAAGGGUGCGCACUUUGAUGUCCAUGAGGUGAAUUUUCAAUUUUAUGCAGUUUUGAUUCCGAUUGUGACAGGAUUUGGAUUAUACAGAGGCUGAACAAGGGUAUUAGAGUCAUUUUACUACAUUCGGUUGGUUCGUGCAACAGUGUUUUCUGCUUGCUCAGAUUGGAUCUUCUUCUCGAAGGUGCAAGAAGGAUAUUCUUUAUAGUUUUGAUCUAACUUCUUGGUUAGAAAUUAGAACUUGCUUUUAGCAGUGUUGAUAUAUAGCAUGCCCCCUUGUUCUUUCCAUCAUUCUUUGAUGGUAUUGGGUCGGUGUUGUAGGUUUAGCUGUAAGUCUCAGUCUCUGUACAUAUUUCCCAUAUCCUCUGAUUUGGAGGUUUCGCCAUUGUACCAUUGGUUAAACUGUUCAGGAAGUCUAUUGAUUCUUUUUUGGCUUCAA